UGUGCUGUCAGUGUCAGACUAACGGUGGGCGCGAAAAUUUUUACGAAAUAUUUGUUAUUGAUAUUUAAAUUAUAAAUUAUAUAUUAUUAGGGAGAUGAUUAAAAGUGUAGCUGUAGUGUGAACUUACAACUACACUCACAGAACUACACAUAACUAUGAAUUUUAAAAACAUGAACGUAUCUAAAUUAAAAAAAGAAAUUCUUGUUCAGUCAGACAGUGUAACGUGUAUAAAUUGUUGUAAAUAUUACUCUGUUCCAACUACAGCUUCUUGUGGGCAUUCCUUAUGUAAGGGAUGUUGGCUGGCGCGGCAGACCUGCCCAUUCUGUGCAUUGACAGUUGAAAAAAAAGCUUUGCGAUUAAAUGAACCAUUACAAAUUCGCACGGACCAUUUUGUUUCACUUCAAAAUGCAUUUGAAUCACUUUAUAAUAUAAAUUUAAAUGAUUUGACUUUUGAUUCUGAUGGAGAACAUCAUGUUACAGAUUGGCUAGAUAAUUCUAAAAAUCAAUUUUCAGCCCCACCUACCUUACCUUGUUCUCAGUUUACUGAAGGAACAGUACAACCUUUAAACCAGAUCACAAGUCAUGUUCAAAUACAUACUAAUAAUCCAAAGGAAAAAGGACCAGAAAUUAACACUAUUCAUUUGACCAGAACUAAACACUAUCAACAAGAGGACUGGGACAAAAUUGAAGUGAUGCCAGAAAUAGAAAGAAAUGAAAAUCCUCAAGGCACAGUUGAUUUAGAAAUGUUUGAUUUUGUAGACGAUAAAAAUAAAACCCAGUAUUCAGCACAUAAUCCUCGUAGAAGUUCAAGGAAAAAAGACUUUUCUCAAGGGAAUGUCAAUAAAAAUUUAGAUAAUAAAUUAAGUAAAGUUGGUAAAAAUUGGCAAAAUGUUAAAAAAACCAAAAAAGGAUUAAAGGAGAAAUUAAAUAACAAAAAUAAUAAUUUAAAUAUUUCUAUUGAAAUGUUAAAAAGAAUCAAAUAUGCUAAUAAAUCAGGUCCACCUAAAAUACAGCAACUGUCUAGUGAUAUUGAUGACAACACUCCUGGAAACGCUGAUGAAAUAAUAACUAAACAUACAAUUUUUAAUCAUAAUAAUCAAAUGAAUACAGAAUUUUCUAAAGAUCUUUCAUUAAUAGACAGAUCUGCAAAUAAAAAUAAUAUAUUAACUAAAGUUCAAAAUAAUAGUUCAUUUCUUAAUGUUCAAAAACAAAAACAAAUGGAUAUUGAAAUGCAUAACGAAGUUGAAAAAAAUAUCCGAAUUGAUGAUGAUAAAACUUCAAAAGUAAAUUUUUUUAAGAGAGGGCCUUUGAAUGUGAUGGAAGUUCGAACUUUUAAUAAUGAACCUGUAACCAAUAAUUUCACAAAUGUUAAAAACGAUGCAGAUACCAUUGAAAUUAUACUGAAAAUUGGUGAGACUGUGACAAAUAUUUGCAUACAGAAAAAGGAUAAUGAUGUUAAAGUAAAUUAUAAGUCUGAUAGGGCAAUCCAGACAUCCCUUGGUACCUCUGAUAUAGAACAUAAACAUGACGUGCUUAAUACAGUUGAAAACGACAAUGUAAAUGUACAAAGUAAUGACAAAAAUAAUGUUAUAGAUUGUAUAUCAUCAAUAGAACAAAUAGAGAAAUCUCAGUCUAACAAAAUAAAUACUGCAUCUGCAGACACAGUAUCCGCUAAAGUUAUAAUUUCUGAUAGUGAAGAUAAAGAACAUGAGGAUCGGAGCAUAAAUGUCUCAUUAAAAGAACGAAAUGAAAAUGUAUUUCAAAAAUCAGGUAAUAUUGUAAACAGUAAUUGUCAAGCCCAGCUUUCUUUGGAGACAAUUCCAGAAGAUGCAGAUUUUUCAGCAGACUUAGAUAUAUUUGACUGUGAUUCUGUAAAAGAGGGCAAUGUUCAGUCGUUAAAAUCUACUGUAAAAACUCCAUCAGUGAUAAUAAUGCCUACAAGCAAAUGUAACUCAUCUUCAUCAGGAAAAAAAGUGAAUAAAAGAUUAAGAAACGACACUGAAGAUAUCUUAAGUAAUAAAAAAAUUAAAGUAACACUGGAUAAUGACAAUAAAAAAACACAGAAGUCAGAUUCAAAAGAAAAUAUAAUGGAUACUGAAAGUGAAAACAUAAACUAUGAUGCAUUGAUGAGUCAGGUAUUUGCCAACAUUGAAGCUGAUAUGGAGAAUAUUCCGAAAACAGUCCACAGCACUCAACUGCCGACACAAAUAAGUAAUACACAAAUAAGCAAUUCUCCACGACGAAUGAAAGCUAAUGUAAAACAAAAUAAAAUGAAUAAAAAUACUAAUGAAGAAGCAAACAAAAAAUGUAGCGAAAAUGUUUUUUCUUUAUUAGAAAGAGAAGAUGCUAAUUCAGAGAUCUUAAAGCCUCUAGAUGGAACUCGGAGUAUCAAAGAAAAUACAGUGAUAUCAGCAAGCUCGCCUGAUGAGGAUGGAAUGGAAAACAAAGAAACCACAUCAGAAACUAUCAUAGACUUGGUAGAGUUGUCCACACCAGUCCAAGAUGAUGAUGAUAAAAGUGUUGUUGAGGAAACACCUCAAAAGAAAACGUCCUUCUCAAAAAGUAAAAUCAGCAAUGAUCUAUGUUUAAAUAAGGAUUUGGUUGAUGUGCAAGUUUCGACCGACAAAAUGAGAUCUUUGAACAAGAUAAGCAAUGUGCAAAUACCUGACAUAGAAUCUCCUUCCAUGUCAGGUGACCAGAGCACGAGUGAUGUAAGAAAAUCGCCUCUGGAAACACCUUUAACAAUAACGAAAUUUGUGAAUAAAAUUACAUAUAAAUCAACUCCUGUGGCGAAAAAAUCACUCGAUUUUGGACGUGGCAAUGAUGAAAAUGACCCAGACGAGACCCUCUAUCCAAGUUCUGUAGUAGCAGCUAAUACUACGCAGGAGAGAGAGUUUAUGAGCAAAGCUUUUGAGCAAACUUUGGGAACCCAGGACUCGUGUGCUAGAAGGCAAAGGAAAGCCACUAAACUAUGUGUGGCAUGCACCUGUCUUUCGUCCGUUGAACAGAAUGCAGUGAAACAACUCUGUUUGCAGAGGAACUGGAUGUUCGCUGAGAAAUACACGAAGAAUGUAACUCAUCUAGUAGUUGGAGUGGACGAAGAGAAUAAAUCACAGAGGUCCGUGAAAUACGUUUGUGCUUUGGCAGCUAGCAAAUGGAUUGUUACAUUCGAGUGGGUGGAAAAAUGCCUUCAAACGAAGGCCUUUGUAAAUGAAGAGCCGUUUGAGGCAUUAGACGCAGUGGGAGAGCCUGGCCCGAGGAGGUCGAGACUCGCCAAGCAGAAGCUGUUCCAUGGGUUCACGUUCUACUGCAUGCCGCCCUUCUCCGUCAUGGAUAUUGACUCCCUGAAGAAUAUCUUGGAAGCUUCUGGAGGACGCGUAGUGGGGAGCCCGCGGGACUUGCGGGUGACGGAGGCGCCUGCGCUCCUAUUGGCCGAGCCAGAGGAGACCCAAGUCAAUCGUUUCACGUAUCUUGCUAUGGAGUUGAAAAUAGUGCCGGUGAACUAUGAAUGGAUCCUCAACUGCUUGGGAUCGUACACCUUGAAGCCGAUAUGGGAUCUGUUGCUAUGCUCCGCCUCAUUGUUGCCGCCGGCGGUUGACAAGUGGCCCAUAGAGUUGAUUAUACCGAGCGGUGAAUGAAAUAUGAAGAGGAUUUUAUAAAUAAUUGUUAUAUUGAUUUCAUUGAGUUUAUACAAUACUUGUUGUUGAAAAAAAAAUGUGAUUUGGAUAAUAAUAAAUACUUUUUUUUUAAUAUACGUACGUAAUUACUUA